CGGGGCGGCGGCUGCUGCUCGGGGCCCGGCCACAGCAAGCGGCGGCGCCAGGGCGGCCCCGGGCCCGGCUCCAGCCCCGAGCGCGACGAGGCCGGCGGCGGCGCCGGCUGCAACAGCGAGGACGAGUACGAGACGGCGGCGGCCCGCGGGGAGAGCCUGGACCCGGCCUCGGCGGAGCAGCAGGAGAACAGGUUUGAGAAGUCGCUGCGGGAGAAGAAAGGUUUCAUCAUCAAGCAAAUGAAGGAGGACGGGGCUUGUUUAUUCCGGGCUGUGGCUGACCAGGUGUACGGAGACCAGGACAUGCACGAAGUGGUCCGGAAGCACUGUAUGGACUACCUGAUGAAGAACGCCGAUUACUUCUCCAACUACGUGACUGAAGAUUUCACCACUUACAUCAACCGGAAGCGGAAAAACAAUUGCCAUGGCAACCACAUUGAGAUGCAGGCCAUGGCGGAGAUGUACAACCGGCCCGUGGAGGUGUACCAGUACGGCACAGAGCCCAUCAACACCUUCCACGGCAUCCAGCAGAACGAGGACGAGCCCAUCCGGGUCUCCUACCACCGCAGCAUCCACUACAACUCCGUGGUGAACCCCAACAAGGCCACCAUCGGCGUGGGGCUGGGGCUGCCCUCCUUCAAGCCAGGGUACGCGGAGCAGUCGCUGAUGAAAAGCGCCAUCAAGACGUCGGAGGAGUCGUGGAUCGAGCAGCAGAUGCUGGAGGACAAGAAGCGAGCGACCGACUGGGAGGCCACGAACGAGGCCAUCGAGGAGCAGGUGGCCCGAGAGUCCUACCUGCAGUGGCUGCGGGACCAGGAGAAACAAGCCAGACAGCCCCGGAAAGCCAGCGCGACCUGCAGCUCGGCCACGGCGGCCGCCACCAGCGGCCUGGAGGACUGGAGCAGCCGCUCCCCGCGUCACCGCAGCUCGGCCCCGUCCCCCGAGCACCCCGACCUGCACGGCGAGAUCACCGCCAUGAAACCGCCCUCCCCGGGCGCCGCCGCCGCCCUGGCGCUGCCGAAACCACCCUCGCCCUGCGCGCCAGGCACGAGCAGUCAGUUGUCGGCAGGAGGUGGCCGAGCGACCCCACCCUUAGUGUCCUUGUACCCGGCCCUGGAGUGCCGGGCCAUCAUGCAGCAGAUGUCUCCUACCGCGUUCGGUCUGACCGACUGGGACGAGGACGAGAUCCUGGCCUCGGUGCUGGCGGUCUCGCAGCAGGAAUACCUGGAGAGCAUGAAGGGAUCCCUGCACAGAGACAGCCCCGCCGACAAGAGUUGAUAAUGAAUUGAGACUGUCAGCCCCCCCCGGCCCCGCUCCCCCCCAGCACCCCCCCACCCCGCCACACCCCCCGCGCCCCCCGCGCCCGGACCUGAGGCCAGGGACCCUCCUCGGUGCAUGGCUGGAAGGAAACGGAAACAAAGAACCUGGGGAAAAAACCCAACCGGCCGCGUGUGGUGUCAUCCCUUCUGUCGCCAGCUGGGGACGCUGCCUCCCCCCCCGGCCUGGGGGGCUGCCGGACCCCCAGCAGCGCUGGAGAGGAGCGAGGGAGCCCCGGAGCAGCCUCGGAAAAUACCCACCAUCCUUUGCUGCAGGCCCUCCCGGCUGGCGGGAAAUGUGGGGGACGCAUCGUCUCCCCGCCCCCAACGCUCUGGGUCUGGGGGGGCGGACGCUGCAGAUGGAGCCAGUUUCAGGGUGGAUUUGGGGGGGGGUCUGCAAAGGGGGAUCAGGAGGGGGCUGCCCCCUCCCACUGGUGUUGGGGGUCACCAAGAUGGGAGCCCCGCACCUCUCACCCUGGGAGGCAGCAGCUCAGAGUGCCCAGCUGGGGCCUGCUAGCAUGUAUUGAAAGGGGGAGCAUGCCCCGGCCCCCCGUACACACCCCAAUCUUUCCCCAGAGUCCUGACCCUGACCCCCCCCCCACCGGCCCCCCAGCUGCACGCACCCUAGGGGUCCAGGCUCCCCGGGGACACCAAUCCACCCCCCUCCCUGUGGGAGCUACUGGUGCAGCCAGGCCCCAAUCUUUCUGGGGGGCUGUGAGCUCAUGGGGCUGGUGCCCCUCGUGCGUGACCCCUCUGAGCUGCCCCUGCACUAGAGCCGGUUCGACCAGCUGUGAAAAGACCCUCUGGGGCUCCCCCCCGAUCCAUCCAGUGACCCCCCCGGCAGCAUCCACCUGCCCCCCAAAGGGCCGGGCGUGGGGGACGAACUCCUGCAGCGGGUUACGCUGGCCCUGGCCGCUGCCUCCGGGAAGGCGAAGCCGGGGGGGCCGAGCGGCUGGCUGAGAAUUGAGAGGCCCCCAAGUGAUGCCCCACGCCGGGGUCUGAUAAAAACCGGGGGGGCUAAGACCCUUCAGAACAGCGAGAGCCGGGGGAGGGGCAAGCGGGGGGAGGCCCUGCAGACUGGGGGGGCCCAGAGCUGCUACGGGGGGGUCAUGGUGCCUCCCCGACCCCCCUGCCUGAGAUGGGGGCCCCGACCGGCCAGGACCUGCCCAGAUCCACUCCCCCACCACGAGCGAGGCCCCCCCAGCCCAGGUGCUGCUCACACCACACACAGGAUCGGGGCCCUGUCGAGCCUGGCAUGGCCCCCCCUCCCCACCUCCCGGGGCACAGAUGCCGCGAGAGACGGUCCCGGCCCCCCCAGAACAGCUUCCGACUUAAAGAAAUUGAAUUGAUUGUU